CGCAGCAUCUGUUUCUCUCAAAAUCUCCGUCUCUCCACUUCUUCUCACGCCUCCCUCUACCGCCGCCCUGACACCUCCCUCAACCACCGCCGUCGACGCCUCCGUCAGCUACCGCCGUUGCAUCAACCGCCGCCACUGCAUCAAACUUCACCGCCUCCCUCAACCGCCGCAGUCGCCGCCUCCGUCAGCUGCCAUCGCUGCGUCAACCACCGCCGGGCGCCGGAUCCACUUCGCCUUCCGGGUGCCAUCGCCGCCCCGUCCAGAUCCGAUUAUUUAAUUAUACCACCCUUUCCAUACGGCAUUGGUGUCAUGAUGUGCCAUACAGUUUUUAAGCUGUACCAAACUCCUUACUCGUUCCGAUGUUCUUAUUGCCCUGUUUAAAAGAAAGAGAUGGAAGGAACAGAGCUAGAAAACCCAACUUCCAGAAACUCAUCGCAGAAAUCCAGCCGUCGUUCUAGUAGUCGGCGUUCUCAAAAGUCAGCUGGACAACAAUCUUCCCCCACUGUAUUUCCAGAGAAAAGAGGCAAAUCUAGAUCAUUGAGGCAGAAGCAUGCGGCUGUUGACAAUAAAGAAGCCAAAAAGGGUAAAAACCAUGACCGUAGAACCGAUGUGGUAGAUGAGAGGUCUAAUUUUGUAGGUUUCGAAAUCUAUACUGGGAAACUGGUUUUUGACAAGAAAAAUAGAAGUAUAGGAGGGGAUGAUCAUUUGUCAGCAUCCAGGAAAGCUGAUACAACUGAUGCAAGACUCACAAGUAAAGCCCUGAUCUGGGGUUCCAAUGUACUCAGCCUUGAGGAUGUCAUCUCUGUAUCUUAUAAUUCUGGUGUCCAACAUUUUACUCUACAUGCAUAUCCUGCUAAGAAUUCUUUAUUUCGAAAGACACAUCGAGUUCAGAAGGACUUCCGGUUUAUAGCCCCUACCCUAGACGAGGCCAUUUUGUGGGUAACAUGCUUUGCUGAACAGAACAUAUACAUUAAUGUACUACCACGGCCUGUGACAUCGGGUGUCAAGGAAGAUCCGGAUGCCCCCCUCGGUGGGGUUUUAUUUGAUCACCAACCGAUCAAAUGUAGAACUCCACAGCGAAUACUUGUUAUAUUAAACCCUCGAUCUGGACAUGGUAGAUCAAGCAAAGUUUUCCAUGACAAAGCAGAACCUAUAUUUAAGCUUGCAGGUUUUCACAUGGAAGUAGUUAAAACUACUCAUGCUGGCCAUGCAAAAUCUCUUGCAUCUACAUUUGAUUUCGGCACAUUUCCUGAUGGGAUUGUGUGUGUUGGUGGUGAUGGAAUUGUUAAUGAGGUGUUCAAUGGCCUUCUCAGCAGAAGCGAUAGAACAGAAGCUGUAUCAAUUCCAGUUGGAAUAAUUCCUGCAGGGUCUGACAACUCACUUGUUUGGACUGUUUUGGGAGUUAAAGAUCCUAUUUCUGCAUCAUUAUUAAUCGUUAAGGGUGGCUUUACAACUCUGGACGUACUGUCUGUUGAAUGGCUCCAGUCUGGGCUAGUACACUUCGGCACAACUGUUUCAUACUACGGUUUUGUUAGUGAUGUCCUGGAACUUUCCGAGAAAUACCAGAAGAAAUUUGGCCCUCUUCGAUAUUUUGUGGCUGGAGUACUCAAAUUUUUGUGUCUACCAAGUUAUUUCUACGAGUUAGAAUACCUUCCUAUGUCAAAGGAGAUGUCUGGGCAUGGGAAAGGUUCAGAACUAGACAAGUUUGAAUUGUCCGAUGUCUAUACAGAUGCAAUGCGCAGCCGAUCAAAAAGAGAAGGAAUUACACGAGCUUCCAGUUUUUCAAGUAUUGACUCUAUCAUGACUCCAAGUCGGAUGUCACUUGGGGACUUCGAUACGUCAGGUGGUACGGCAGCAAGCAGUGAACCAUCAGAAUAUGUCCGUGGUCUUGACCCAAAAGCAAAACGUCUGUCUCUGGGCAGAAGCAACAUUGUUUCUGAACCAGAAGAAGUCCUACGCCCACAGCAACACCAUGCAUCAUACUGGCCAAGAACGAGGUCGAAAACAAGGACCGACAGGAAUUCAGUUGGUGUCACGGCUGCCAAUGAUACACGGUUAUCUUGGGCAGCCCCAUCGAUGCAUGACAAGGAGGACAUUUCCUCGACAAUAUCAGAUCCAGGACCUAUUUGGGACAACGAACCAAAGUGGGAUACUGGGCCAAGAUGGGACACAGAGCCAACUUGGGAGCCUGACCACCCUAUCGAACUCCCUGGACCACCAGAAGAUAUAGAAAUUGGAGCAUCAAAGGAACUUGUGCCAAAUUUGGAUGACAAAUGGGUUGUCAGGAAGGGGCACUUUCUUGGUGUCCUAGUAUGCAAUCACUCAUGCAAAACGGUUCAAAGUUCACAGAUUGUUGCACCAAAAGCAAGCCAUGAUGACAACAGUUUGGACUUGCUUUUAGUUGGCGGAAGGGGGAGAUGGAAGCUGUUGAGAUUUUUCAUACUACUGCAAUUUGGUCGUCAUCUUUCUUUACCCUAUGUGGAAUAUGUAAAGGUGAAGUCAGUUAAGCUAAAACCUGGUGCAAACACCCACAAUGGUUGUGGAAUAGACGGCGAGCUUUGCCGUGUCAAGGGACAUGUAGUCUGCUCCCUACUACCAGAGCAAUGCAGACUUAUUGGCCGGCAAUGCAGACAAUCUAUUUAAGGCUUUAAGGACUGUAAAUCUGUUGUGCACGAGUUUUUGAGGCCCUGUAUGAUCUGUUAUCACUUGUAACAACUGAUUUUGAGUUGUCUGUAUAUCGUUUACUUGCUAAUGAGGAUUUGAGUGGGUUCAGAAUGAGCGGUCCUGGUGAGUUUGGACUGGACAGAUGAUGUUGUGUCGUUUCUGUAUAUUUGAGUGAUUAUAGAGGGAUACCUCGAUUCUUUUUAUUGA